GAGCGGCAGGGGCGACAAGUGGGGCGGGGCCUCGCUGUUGGCUCCGCCCAUCCUGGUGCGAAUGUCAUCGGAUGCUUCGGCCUCAAUUAACCACCUCUUUCCGCAGCCCCUUUCCGCGCGCGCGCCUCGUGGCACGUCACUCUCCCGUCAACGGCUUACAACACCGUCCCGAGCCAGCGUUGCCUCAUACGGAAGCUUUUCUCUCUCCUCACCCGCGGCUUUUGCUCCGCCCACCUCGCGCUCUCGGCCACGCCUCCUCCUCCCAUUCCCUCCCCGCCCCCCGCCCUUCCCUUCCCUUCCCUUCACAUCGCGCGCGAGCUACUCCGGUCUCGCUCCCGCUCUCCGCCCGCCUCGCGCCGCACUGGGAUGUUGGCGGCGGCAUCGGGCGGCAGUUCCCGGGUCGCUGAGGAGAUUCAGAAGGAGGCGGGAGGCAGGAGGAACCGCCGCCGCCGCCAGUGAAACGGGCGCGGUAAAGGCGCCGCUGCCUCGCCUCCCCUCCCUCCCUCCGUCGGAGAGCGCGCUGAGGGAAACGGGGCGGACUCAGCCCUUCUUCCUCCUCCUUCGCCGCGCGUGAGGCGGAGAGGCAAGCGAGGAGCCCCGGGGAGCAACAUGGCGGAGCACUCGGCCCCCGACCACAAGCACAAGACCGGUGCCGCCGCCUCGUCGUCGUCGUCGUCCAACUCCGCCGCCGCUUCCCAAGCGCUGGCCAACAGCAGGGGCUCCUCCUCAUCGUCGUCGACGACCGGCGCCGGGCCCCCGGCGGGCGGGGGCGGCGGCGGCCUGUCGGGGGGCCUGUCGCAGCCGGCGGGCUGGCAGUCGCUGCUCUCCUUCACCAUCCUCUUCCUGGCUUGGCUGGCCGGCUUCAGCUCCAGGCUCUUCGCCGUCAUCCGCUUCGAGAGCAUCAUCCACGAGUUCGACCCCUGGUUUAACUACAGAUCAACACAUCAUCUUGCGUCACAUGGAUUUUAUGAAUUCCUAAACUGGUUUGACGAAAGAGCAUGGUAUCCACUAGGAAGAAUAGUAGGUGGGACUGUCUACCCAGGGCUGAUGGUGACAGCUGGCCUUAUACAUUGGAUUUUAAAUAUGCUUAACAUAACUGUCCAUAUAAGAGAUGUAUGCGUGUUCCUAGCACCAGUUUUUAGCGGCCUUACAUCCAUUUCUACUUUCCUGCUCACCAGAGAACUGUGGAACCAGGGAGCCGGGCUUCUAGCUGCUUGCUUUAUUGCGAUAGUACCAGGUUACAUAUCACGAUCAGUUGCAGGAUCUUUUGACAAUGAAGGGAUAGCUAUUUUUGCACUGCAGUUCACAUACUACUUGUGGGUGAAGUCUGUGAAAACUGGAUCAGUCUUCUGGACCAUAUGCUGCUGCCUAUCCUACUUUUACAUGGUUUCUGCAUGGGGUGGUUAUGUUUUCAUCAUCAACCUUAUUCCACUGCAUGUAUUUGUGCUCCUGUUGAUGCAAAGAUACAGUAGGAGGGUCUACAUAGCAUACAGUACCUUCUAUAUUGUGGGCUUAAUAUUAUCCAUGCAGAUACCUUUUGUUGGAUUUCAGCCAAUAAGAACAAGUGAACAUAUGGCAGCUGCAGGUGUAUUCGCACUGCUGCAGGCCUAUGCUUUCUUGCAAUAUAUGAGAGACCGGCUAACAAAACAAGAAUUUCAGACCUUGUUCUUCUUGGGUAUAUCUCUAGCUGCUGGAGUUGUAUUCUUGAGUGUCAUCUAUUUAACGUAUACAGGUUACAUUGCCCCAUGGAGUGGCAGAUUUUAUUCGCUAUGGGAUACUGGGUAUGCGAAAAUUCACAUCCCGAUCAUUGCCUCUGUGUCUGAACAUCAGCCUACAACAUGGGUUUCCUUCUUUUUUGAUCUACAUAUUCUCGUGUGUACUUUCCCAGCAGGGCUGUGGUUCUGUAUCAAAAACAUCAAUGAUGAGAGAGUCUUUGUGGCUCUGUAUGCAAUCAGUGCUGUUUACUUCGCUGGAGUGAUGGUUCGUCUUAUGUUAACUUUGACUCCAGUAGUCUGUAUGCUGUCAGCAAUUGCUUUCUCCAAUGUUUUUGAGCAUUAUCUGGGUGAUGACAUGAAGAGAGAGAAUCCACCAAUAGAAGAUAGCAGUGAUGAGGACGAUAAAAGAAACCCAGGAAAUCUUUAUGAUAAGGCAGGUAAAGUGAGGAAACACAUAUCUGAACAGGAGAAAACAGAAGAGGGUCUUGGGCCGAAUAUCAAGAGCAUUGUGACAAUGUUGAUGCUCAUGCUGCUGAUGAUGUUUGCCGUCCACUGUACAUGGGUAACUAGCAAUGCCUACUCCAGUCCCAGUGUCGUCCUGGCCUCGUACAAUCAUGAUGGCACCCGAAACAUUUUGGAUGACUUCAGAGAAGCCUACUAUUGGCUAAGACAAAACACAGAUGAACAUGCCAGAGUAAUGUCUUGGUGGGAUUAUGGCUAUCAGAUAGCAGGAAUGGCAAAUCGGACUACUCUAGUUGACAACAAUACUUGGAAUAACAGCCACAUAGCCCUGGUAGGAAAAGCUAUGUCUUCAAAUGAGACAGCAGCUUAUGAGAUCAUGAAGAGUCUGGAUGUGGAUUAUGUGUUAAUAAUUUUUGGAGGUGUAAUUGGCUACUCUGGUGAUGAUAUCAACAAAUUCUUGUGGAUGGUGAGGAUAGCUGAAGGAGAACAUCCUAAAGAUAUCAGGGAAAGCGACUAUUUUACUCCACAGGGAGAGUUUCGAGUUGAUAAAGCAGGCUCUCCAACCUUGCUAAACUGUCUCAUGUAUAAAAUGUCAUAUUACAGAUUUGGAGAAAUGCAGCUGGAUUUUCGGACACCUCCAGGAUUUGAUCGCACACGCAAUGCGGAGAUUGGCAACAAGGACAUUAAGUUUAAACAUUUGGAAGAAGCCUUCACCUCAGAGCACUGGCUUGUUAGAAUAUAUAAAGUGAAACAGCUAGACAACAGAGAGACACUGGAUCAUAAGCCUAGGCUAACCAACAUUUUACCAAAACAAAAGUAUUUGUCAAAAAAGACUGCCAAAAGGAAGCGUGGCUACAUUAAGAAUAAACUAAUUUUAAAGAAAGGCAAGAGACCCAACAGGAAGACAGUUUAAAUACACUGUACUGAUUGCUAAUAUUGAAGCAGUUGUCCUUGAGAUAACCAGUCUUUGCCUUUAGCUCAAGUCAUGUUUCACAGCAACAUGAGGGUACAGAACCAUCAUUGGUCCAGAUUAUUGUACAAAACUUUCAGGCAAUGUCUGACUUUAAAAUUUUUGGCUUAUUGAGAACAGCUGUUUUAGAUAUGUAUUGUGGAGCAAGACUGAGCUGCUGUCCAGGUCUAGCAGCAGAUUUUUUUGAUUUUUUAAAUUUUACUGGUACAUAUUAUCCUUCCAAUCGAUUGAAUUUGGACUGAUUGCACCAAAGAGCCCUUUAAUUCGGUCCUUGGCACAUGCAUACUUGUCAGUUGUUUUUUUAAAGUAGUUGAGCUGAACAGCAAUAUCUUACUGGAAUGGUGAAAUGUAUGAAUUGACUAGCCUUGGUCUGACACUUUCAGGAGAGUGGAUAUUUUUAUAUUCAGCUACUAGGACUCCUUUAAAGGUAUUUAUUUUACAAGACUUCAUGAAAUGUACUCUUGCUGUAUGUUGUGUGCUGGACUGUAAACCAAGCUGCAGUUUCACUAAUCACCGGACAGAUUAUAUAAUUGGAUUAUGCAACUUGUUUUGAGAAGAGGUGGUCUUGCUGCCCAUAUGCAGGUGUAUUCUUGGACUAUAUAGGGCAAAUCUUGUAGGUAGAUACAAGGGCUAAAUUUGUAUCUUAAAUCAGACACGACAGUAAUGAAUGCUACUGAGCACCCGAGCACCUGGUGUUCUCAGAUUUUGCUUGUUUAGCUUCAUAUUUUCAUUAAACCAUAAUUUGGCCUGUUAGGAGAUGUUUUUUGACAAGUAUCCAAAGUCUUUCUGUGGCUACUGAAAGGCAGAUGGUUUAUAAACCUGCCUCCAUUUUCACGGGGUUGUGGAAAUGACUGGCUUUUCUCCAUAUUUUUAUUUAGUGCUUCAGUUGAUGGGAAACUUUUUGCUUGACUAUGUGCUUUGUCUUUUCUAUUUUAUUAAAAAGACAAUUAUCAAGUGCACUAAAUUACAGAGACUGAACACUUUCCAACUAUAGGAAACCUUACAGACUUGAACAUCCUUUAGUUAUUUUAAUAAAGUUAAAUGUGUUUGGGGGUAUGGCUCACCUGACAGCCACAGGACAUAAUUUCAAUAUAGUAAACAGCUUAUACCAGAUGUAUUGGUGUAAAGCAGAAUAGUAUGUACCUUCCAAACAAACAAAAAAUUAUCUAUUGCUCAGUGAGAAUGUUACUGCUGACUUUUCUUCUCAGAUGUAUAAUUUUUAUUUGUAAAUUCAUUUUUGAGUAAAGAGGUUAUUAAAUCAAUAAUGCAGUGGCAACAUUUUCACAAAAUAACAAUCUGGAUUUCUGACCCUUUGUCAUUGAGAUUAUAUUACUUUGUUGCUUUCAGGCUCAAUGCAGACCCGUUGUUGACUAUAGGGAAAAAUAAAGUUAAAUCAAGUUUUGUGUUAA